GUUUCAUCAAGGUGCCGGGAGUUCCUUUCUAGGCUGCUGGAGAAGGAUCCAAACAGUCGUUGUACAGCGGCGCAGGCUGCUCGCCAUCCGUGGCUCUCCGGACGGGCGAAGAGAUCAAUCCCACAGCCGAUUCCUUUGCAGGUUCGGAGCAGUGCGGCUGCAGAGGCAAAGGCCUCACUGGAGCAAUGCCUCCCAGAGUGCGAGCACAACGUUUCGCCAAAGGAGAAGAGCGAGCGCGUCCUGGCACUGGCCCAGGCACACCGUGACUGGGCCCAGGGGCUGGAGGUGUCAAGUGAGUCGGAAUCCGAUGAGUCGACCGGCACCUGGCCAUGCUAA